AUGUAACUUAAAAAAAGAAGGAUACUUAAGACAGAUUCUGAUUUUCCAAUAAUCAAUUUUCAACAAUCACAUACAUCAAGUUCUAAGCCUAUUAUUUAAUUCCCUCCUAUUUUAAUGUCCCCAACUACAUAAAAAUAAAAUAGUCUAUCAUUCCAUCAGAAUCCAAAUAAAUCCCCUAAAGACACAGUUUCAUCCUAAAAUUUCUAAACCUUUCGAAAACGAAGUAUUACAUUAAAUAAAAAAAACUUAUCAUAAUUUAUUGUAUUGCAUAAAAUUAUUUAAGUAACCCAUCGAAUUGCAAGGAUUAUCAAAAUAGCUUUUUGUACAUUAAUAAAAAUUUUCAUAUUUGCUUGAAAAAACUUAAUAAGAAUAAUAAUAAAGUAGAGUUUGCAUAAACAAAAUAAUUUAGACAGAAAAAAAUUAGCCAGGGAUAUAUAACAGAAAAAUGUAUUUGGCUUUUAACUCGUUAAAUAAUCGCAAAUAACAUUUAAUAUUUGAUUAAUUAUAAUCAAAAAAUAAAAAUAAUUUCUAGUAAGAGUAAUCUUUUAAGAAAUCAUCAUUUUAAUGCUUUAAAAAAAUAAUCCCAAAAUAUCAUUCAGAAUAUAAUAAACAAUAGAUUUAGUAAUAAGCUAAAUUCUUAGAAAUUGGCAAUUGCCAAAGCUAAGAUUAAUAAUAAAAAUGCUAAACCGAUUAUGAUAUCACCUUAAAUAUGAGUGGUAAUAAUAUAAUUAAGUAAUAGAAAUAUAAGAAAUGAAUGAAGAUGGCUUAUCUUCAAUAGCUUAAAGUACAUUUUGUAAUAAAGUCUGUUGA